AUGGGUAGAAAACAGUUCUUUGCUCAACGAGAUGAGAUCGCCAAAGAAAAGCGCCACAAUCAACUGCAAAAGAACGGCUAUGUUUUUGGCGCUCAUGCAGAUGAGGAUUCUAUCCGAGAGAAGGAUAAAAGGGUACCCAAGACCAAGAGGAUGUACUACGGAGCUGUUAAUCUUUGGAUGAAGUUCGGAAUCGGUAUUCGUGACACCAAGAGACCGCAAUUCGCCUCUGGUUAUAUACUCCUAGCUAUUGCCCUCCAGCACGGUGCUCUGUAUGGCAUUGAAACCGUUGAAGACUUUGCCAGGUUUGACCUUUCAGGCGGAGAACCCAUUGAAUUACGUUGGAAGGAGGAAUUUCUGGAAAAGCCUGUUCUCAGGAAUGUCACAGCUGAUGGCCCACAAGAUGUUCCACUCCACAAAGAGCGGUUCUGUGAAUUAUUGAGAGGAAUAGUUACGACCGCUGGAUAUAACAAGAGUGUUACUAUCCAUAAGAUUCGAAAGUAUCUCGGAAGUGUGGUUGAAGGAAAGCAUGGCUCAGCCUUGGUAUCUCAAAUAUAUGGACACAAGGACGCAGGGACAUAUCCUAAAGAGUAUCUGUUACACUGCUCUUCGAUCGAUACAGUCUCGGCCGUUCUUGGAGAAGAAGAGCAGACAAGUCAUAUCGAGUAUUUCCAAGGCUUUGAGAGGUUUUAUGAACGUGGACUUCCAGGGGAACUGCCGGCUGAAAUUGAGGCGAGUAUCCUGCAGACCCCAGAAGUCGUCGAUAUUAGACGUCGAAUCGAGCAGCUUGAAGCAUCAAACAGCGACAAAAAGGUUACAGCUGCCGAGAAGCUGAACCACAGGAAAACCUUGAUCCGGCUCCGCCUUGCAGGACUAAAGGAAUACCAGAACCGCUGGGUACGAGAGAAACGAGACCAAAGAAUCCUCAAUAGGGGCAAAGCAGAGCCGGUAAUAAGUGAUAACGACGUUUCCACGCGGGCUCAAUCCUUACUUAUGCCCGAACUUGCCCACAUUUCAACCCUCAUGUCUUCUGACAGGGAGCUCUCGUUUGAUGAAAUGCUUCUUUUCGUGGACGACCUAAAAACUUAUUGUGAACACGAUUUCGACGUGGCUUAUCUUCCACGGGAAAGCCCCAUCCAAGAUCGCUGCCCGGUUAGAGAUUGUCUCCAGGAAAUCAAAUGUAUGAAAAAGUCUGACAGAAGCGCUCACAUUCACAACUGUGUUCGACGUGAGAAGGCUCUAAAUCUUAAAAUCUCAGAAUCAGAGUUGAAAUUCUGUUACGAGUGCAUGGGAUGGUUUCAAUCAAGCCAAUGGCGAGAUCACUGCUCUUCUCAUAUUCAGUCAUGGAGGACACAGCAUUGUGAAGUGAUUAUAUACCGAAACACAGUGAUCCGGCCUGGUUACUGCCCCUUUUGCUUGUGGGACAUAGACCUCGAAGCAGAAGACCGAUUACAUCAAUGGUUGAAAAGUGGCAAUCUGAAGCAACACAUUGAAGAAAAGCAUAUACCUGGAAGCCACGGGCCUGGAGCGGAGCCAAUUUGUGGAUGUGGCCAAGCUUUUGCCGAUGAGCGUGACCUUCGACAUCAUUUGCAUGACACCCACAAGCUGAACAAAGCUAUUUGGUCAAAUCCAAAGCUUCCGAGAAAGAGAAAGCGUCCCUGCAAGGCAGAAGCGCAAGAUUCUUCCAUGAAGCGAGAUGAGCAGCUUACGAAGAAACUACGCUUUUACCGCUACCCCCCUCCGCGUCUUGAACAUGAGUAUCAACUGCCAGAAAACAUAUCCAUGCCCGUUCCCACAUUGCAUUCAUUUGUCGAGGAACAUCCGGAGCAGUUCUUCUAUUCAAGUCUCAGUGACGAGUCAACUAAAAGCAGCAGAAGCAGCCCAGUUGUUUCUUGCUUUUCUCGUUCAAGUUCACCAUGCAGCUCGGAUCCAACAACUCCCGGAUUGGAGGAAUUUAUUGACCCUCGAAUCCUUGAGCCUUAUACGAUCGAUGAGAACCAGGGACCUCAACCAUGUGAUCAAGCUUCCAUGCAACCAAACCCUCUGCAUGAGCAUGACAUCAAGGACAAACUGUUUGGGAAUGCGACGCGCCCACAGCCUCCCGGCCAAAGCCUUGCCGUUCAACCGAAUCCUGCUUCUAAGAUCAGUGAUCUUCGAAUCCUCGAUACCUCUGAUCCCCGCGUGGAGAAUGUGCGCCAGACUUGUGAGCAGGUUACUUCUCAGCUGAGCUUGGUCAGUGGCUCUCCACAUGCGAUGGUAAUCAAACCAAUGCAGUCACUUUACUCUCCCCCAGGCUUUGUGACCAGCGAAGAAAACAAGAACGAAGACUUGCUAAAAGAUUCUGGCUCCUUCACAUCACACGGUAACGGACGUUCUUCUACAGAGUUUGAGAAUCAAAACCAUUCUCCUACCCAUCAAGAUCAAACGCUACCUCGUGAUAGGAAUCAGGCCAUUAGCCUCCGCAGACCUCUCACUAGGUCCCAGGCAAAACAGCAAUCGACUCAGCACUGUCUAGAUCAUGUGGACAAAACAAAAUCACGAAAGAAACUCAACACAAAAGAUAAACGAAAGCUGUUUGACUUCAAGAGUCAGAAGAUGACCCUGAGGCAAAUUGGACCUUAUUUCCCCGAUAUUGAUACGGUCUUCCUGCGGCAAGCUUGGGCGGACAUCAGGCUUCCUGACCGACGCACAAGAUCAAGGGUGAAGUAA